CUACAAGCAAGAACUGGUAUGAAGCUGGAGUUGAUGUUGAACAAAUCAAGGCUGAUCCUCACGAGAUCGAAAGGGAAAGAGAUGUUGGAGAUGGGAAAUUUCAUGUUGGAGGAUACUAUCAUUGGAGUCUUCGAAGGAUUUCCUUGCAUCUUCGUUAUCACAACGGAUGAGAAGCACUUGAAAUCUCUCUGCAAAGAUAACAUCGAAAGGACCCCAAGUUCGGAUUGUCUGCACUUCUACUGCAGGCACGAGACGAUCCGUGAUGAAUGGGUGGAGAUCAUGAAGAGAAGAGGCGCACAGAUUUAUCGUGAGUCGUGCAAGAGACGACUUCCUUCUGUUUAGAACUUCACUUGUAAACUAAUUCUUUAAAUGACUCAAACCAA